AUGUCUAGGUUUUUGCGAGUAUUUCGCCCGCUGCCACGCGCCCUGGCCCUGGCCAUAAGAAACAGUCGGUUGGGUGGAGGCUCGGAUCUGUCUGCCGCUCUGGUUGGAUAUGAGGGAGCAAGCUCCACUGGACGGAGGACAGCCGUGUAUAGCCUGACUAGCCGGCGAUCAAUCACCACUGGCAGCUGGCACGGGCAGAAGGUGACUCGCAAACCGCUGGCGGAGCUGAAACAGCAGGAACAAGAACAGGAGCAGGACCGAAAAGAUCAUCAGAGUCUCAGUCUUAAUCAGAAUCAGGUGGAGGUGAGCCCAUCGGAUCGCCAUCUGGUCGAGUUUCUAACCGGGGAAAUCAUUGAGGAACGCCGGGUGCAGUUGCAACUGAAUGCGCCGCUUCUGGUGGACGACUACGUAGCCAUAUUCCGUGGCUCGGAGGUUGAGUUGGUUAAGACUACGCCCACGGAGCGGGUGAAUAUCUUCUUUAAUGUUAGCAAGAGCGUGCCGCGCCGCGUCGAUGACACCGCCACUCCGGUGCGGAGCGUUCCCAAGUUCGAAGUCCUGAUCAAGCGGGGCGACGCCCUACUCUCGAUUUACUGUCACUUCUCACGGACGGCCUUUAAGGAUGGCAAGGUGGUGAAACCGAAACCGAACCAAAAGUGGCCCGACAUCUUCUUCAUCCAGGAAAUGUCCUUGUACGAGCACGCCUGGAACGAGUGUUCAUACACCAUUGAGGCCAGCCUGAUUGACGACAAUCUCUACUGCCUUAUUAUGGAAAUGCUGGCCGAGAAGGGGAUCACCAACGAAUUUGCCGUAAAGGUCUCGGACUUGGCCACCGCCCACGAGCAUGCCUCAUACAUUGACUUUCUGGAGAACUUGUCCAAAUUCGCGGUGGGCCUGCCGCCGCCACUUGGUGGCGAUGAUGGUGGCACCAAAUAA